AGCCGGAAGAAGCUAACGGAUUAACAAGCUAACUAUCCAAAAAGUAACAACAAGCUGUUAGUACUGUAUGAGCACGUCUAAGAUCUACAUUUAAAGACAGUUUGCCAGCUGACCAGCCCUCUGAUCAGCAAAAUGAGCAGCGCAGGAACAGUGGAGAGUGGUAAACCUCCAAAGAUCGGCUCCAUAGUAGAAGUGACAGGAAAGGGGCAGCGAGGUACUGUCGCCUACAUUGGCGCCACCCUCUUUGCUUCAGGUAAAUGGGUGGGUGUCAUACUGGAUGAGCCCAAAGGCAAGAACGAUGGAACUGUGCAAGGCAAGCGCUACUUCACCUGUGAGGAAAACCAUGGGAUAUUUGUCAGGCAGUCCCAGAUCCAGGUGGUGGAGGAAGGCUCCACUGCUACAUCACCAGAUACUCCUGAGUCCAACCUUUCUAGGAUACUCAAACAAAAAGAGAUUCCUGAGACUCCCAAAACAUCCAAGCAGACUCCUGCGAACAUUAAGAAGUCCUCUACCCGUCGUUCUGCAAAGCUGAGUACACCACGUCUCACACCAGCUACCUCCCUCCCCUCCCUUUUGGUCCGUCCCUAUGGUCGCUUCAGCCUGCAGCUCAGGGCUUCUCGUGAGAGCCUCACAUCUUCUCUGUCUGAUGUCAGUGAGGUGAGCCCGUCCUCCCAGCAGGCUGCACUCGGGGCUCCUGUCGUGCCUCAGCCCAGUGGGUCGCCUGCUACCGCCCAGGUACCAGCUACUCCAAGCAAGGUGGAACCUGCCAUAUCUAAGCAGGAGGAAGAGUCGCUGCGAGCGCAAGUCAAGGAUCUGGAAGAGAAGCUGGAGACUUUGAAGAUGAAGCGAACAGAGGACAAGGCCAAGCUGAAGGAGCUGGAGAAACACAAGAUCCAGCUGGAACAGCUGCAGGAGUGGAAGACCAAAAUGCAGGAGCAGCAGACCGACCUACAGAAACAACUCAAAGAGGCUAAGAAGGAAGCUCGGGAGGCACAGGAGGCCAAAGACCGCUAUAUGGAGGAGAUGGCAGACACAGCAGAUGCCAUAGAGAUGGCCACACUGGACAAAGAGAUGGCUGAGGAGCGAGCAGAGUCGCUCCAAGUGGAGGUAGACACGCUGAAAGAGAAAGUAGAGGAACUCUCCAUGGACCUGGAGAUCCUCAGGCAUGAGAUUUCAGAGAAAGGUUCAGAUGGCGCCGCCUCCAGUUAUCAAGUUAAACAGCUGGAGGAGCAGAACAGCAGACUGAAGGAGGCAUUGGUCAGGAUGCGAGAUCUGUCUACCUCAGAGAAGCAGGAACAUGUGAAGCUGCAGAAGCAGAUGGAGAAGAAGAACACUGAGCUGGAGACACUGAGGACUCAGAAGGAAAAACUGCAGGACGAAGUCAAACAAGCGGAGGCCACAAUCGAUGAACUGAAGGAGCAGGUGGAUGCUGCUCUGGGGUCAGAAGAGAUGGUUGAGACGCUGACGGAGAGAAACCUUGACCUGGAAGAGAAAGUCCGAGAGCUGAGAGAAACAGUCACUGAUUUGGAGGCCAUCAAUGAGAUGAACGAUGAGCUCCAGGAGAAUGCCAGAGAAACGGAAAUGGAGCUGAGGGAGCAGUUAGACCUGGGUGCUGCAAAGGUUAGAGAGGCAGGAAAAAAGGUGGAAGCUGCUCAGGAGACUGUAGCUGAUUACCAGCAGACCAUCAACAAGUACAGAGAGCUCACAGCCUCACUUCAGGAGGCCAACAGGGAGCUGAUCAGUCAGCAGAAUGCAAACACUGAGCAAGUUCAGCAACCACCUGCAGAGCUGUUUGAUUUCAAGAUUAAGUUUGCAGAGACCAAGGCUUAUGCCAAGGCCAUUGAGAUGGAGUUGAGGAAAAUGGAAGUGGCUCAAGCAAACAGACAGGUGUCCCUCCUCACCUCCUUCAUGCCAGACUCCUUCCUUCGCCAUGGUGGGGACCAGGACUGUAUUCUGGUGUUGCUGCUCAUUCCUAGACUCAUCUUCAAGGCUGAGCUGAUCAGUAAACAAGCCCAGGAGAAGUUUGACUUGAACGGGAACCUAGUCCAGGGAACAGGGCUCAGAGGACCUCCAGGAGAACAGCGUAGUUUUGCUGCAGGACUGGUGUACUCCCUUAGCCUCCUUCAGGCUACUCUACACAAAUAUGAACAGGCUCUGAAUACCUGCAGUGUGGAGGUUUUUAAGCGCAUGGGUACACUUUACUCUGAGAUGAGUUUCCACGAGCGCUCUUUGGACUAUUUCAUUGACCUGCUGCACAAGGACCAGCUAGAUGAGACCGUACAGGUGGAACCUCUGACAAAAGCCAUUAAAUACUAUCAGCAACUGUACAGUGUCCAUCUGACAGAUCAAACUGAGGACUGCACAGUGCAACUGGCUGACCACAUUAAGUUUACCCAGAGUGCUCUGGACUGUAUGGCAGUGGAGGUGGUACGUCUGCGGGCGUUCCUGGCGGCAGGACAGGAGAGUUCUGGCCUCGCUAUUCUUCUAAAGGACCUGGACACUUCCUGCUCUGAUAUCCGACAGUUCUGUAAGAAGAUCCGCCGUCGUAUGCCUGGAACAGAUGUGGCAGGAGUCCCAGCUGCUCUCAAUUUUGGACAACAGGUGUCAGAGGCGCUAACAGAGUGCAGGCGACAGCUGACCCGUGUGGUUGCAGUGCUCCAGGAGGUGGCUGCAGCUGGAGCUCAGAUGAUCGCUCCACUGGGAGAACAGGAAGGUCUCAAUGCUUUAAAACUGGAGGAUACUGCAUGCAAAGUCGUGGAGCAGGUAUACGGCUCCCAAGGUGUGAAUGGCCCAGAGUUUCUGCGACAAUCCUGCAGCUCUGUCAUCGCCACCAUGAACAAGAUGGCUACAGCCAUGCAGGAGGGAGAAUAUGAUGCUGAAAAACCACAAGGAAAAACUCCUCCAGUGGAGAUGAGGGCAUCCACCGUCAGGGCUGAGAUGACUGACGCAGAAGGUCUUGGAGUCAAACUAGAAGACAGAGAAACCGUCAUCAUGGAGCUCAAGAAGUCUCUUAAGAUUAAGGGUGAGGAGCUGAGUGAGGCCCACGUCCGCUUAAGCCUUUUGGAGAAGAAGCUGGACACCUCCACCAAAGAUGCUGAUGAGCGUGUGGAAAAGAUUCAGACCAAACUGGAUGAAAACCUUUCUCUACUCAAGAAGAAAGAAAAAGAGUUUGAGGAGACAAUGGAUGCUCUUCAGGCUGAUAUUGACCAGCUGGAGGCUGAGAAAGCUGAGCUGAAACAACGCAUCAGUAACCAGUCAAAGAUGACCAUUGAAGGCCUGAGAGGUCCACCUGCCUCAGGAAUUGCCUCUCUAGUCCAUGGAUCUGCAGGAGCAGGUCUGCCUCCUUCCAUGGCAGGACCCACACAGGUAGUGGACUCUCCUCUUCUCAAGCAGCAGGUUGAGACUCAGAGACUGGGCAUUAAAUACCUCAAGAAUGAAAACAACAGGCUCAAGGCCGAGAAGAUGAGGGCUCAGCUUGCCUCCCUGCCUCCACUCUGUCCUCCAAAACUGCCCCAAGUGUCCAAAGAAAGCUCCACGCCUCCAGAGGGACUAAACACAGGCAUCUAUCGUAGAACUGACCAGCUGCUGGCCACCCUGCUCAAACUUAGUUCAGAAGUUAAAGUAGUGGACAUCACCGGGAAAACGGCGGUCCGUGCCAGCACUCAGCUGCUGGAGCAGACGGCUCGAUUGAAGAAUCUAAGUGAUGCUCUGGACAAACUUAAGGGUGAGGUUGCUGAACAUGUGGUUUCAUAUCAGCCUGGAGCUAAGGCUUCCUCAGACUUUGCCACAUUCCCAGCGUCCUCCUUUGUUAAGGCCAAAGGAGAGAAGCAAGAAGGAACAGUGUUUGUAGGUCGUGUUGCCAUUCCAUGUAUCCGUGGACAAGAACAAGUCCACCGCCUCGUCCUAUCACAGCAGCAGCUGCAACAAGUGCACCGUCUCCUCAUGACCUAAAACUGACUAGCAGCACAUAAAGCAGCUUGCACACUUCCCCCCCUCAUAUGGCUAGCUUAUUUUCCCUUCAAGAUAACUUUCAGGAAACUGUAUCCUGUAACUUCUAGCACUAAUAACAUGUACCAGCAGCAGCAUCUUUAUAUUGUCAAUGAUUGUUUUCAUCAUUUAUUAAAUGUAAGAUUCAUGAAUGUGACAUAUUGUAGAUGUCAUUUUCAUUGUUUAAACAGUUUCUCUACCAAUUGACAACUUUUUAUAAAAAGAAAAAAAGUUGGGUGUUUUUAAUGUAAUAGGAUGAUUACUGCUCUUUGUAUCUUUUGUAGUAAUUCAGACAAUAAAAUUAAGCAUUUCA